AUGCAUGAACCGUCGCAUCUCACCGUAUCUCCCCUCGUUAUUUGUAACACUAGCGGAAAUUCAAUCACUGUGAAUAUUUCGUUGGGAGAGAAGGAAGACGUUACAACAGAAGCCUUGAUCGAUUUCGGUGCAGCCGAAACGUUCAUGAACAUUCGUUUUGCAGAAGAAAACGAUUUCAUCAGAUGGGAAUUACCGAAACCGAUUAAAGUCAUGAAUGCAGAUGGCACACCAAAUCAAAUGGGUACCAUUACUCAUUGUACCUGGAAGAUGAUGAAAAUCGGAGGAAAGAAGACACUUACUCGCUUCCUCUUGACUGGCAUUGGCAAAGAAAACAUACUUCUCGGCAUGCUGUGGCUUAAAUGCCUCAAUCCGAUGAUCAACUGGGAAACCGGUGACUUUUGGUUUGGUAAAGAUGCCAAAUGGCCACCGAAACCCACCAUCAAAGAUGCACCAGAUGAAGAAGUUUCAAUUUUCAAGGAAGAUGGACUCCCAGAGUUAAUCACCACCGAAACUUCCCCUACCUCGUUUGGGCAUUCGGAAUCUAUCAGAGAAAUCAUGGCCGAUAACACUGAGCGUGGCGAGUUACCCGCAGUGCGGAAUGAUACCGAACCAGAUGACCCACCAUCAGAACCCCCUAUGGAUCAGCUCGAUGACGACGAUCUAGUUAUAUCCUAUAUCGCAGGAGAGCCAGUUAUUGGGAUAUUUGAACCCAUCAGGAAGGAGUCACCUUUGACGAAUGAAGAGACUGAAACCGCAGUCUUCACCAUACGAAGAGGCCCCGCCAUUAGAAGAAUGACACACAGUACUCGAUCCCCAUUAUUCUGUAACGCACAGAAUACGGUCUUUUACAAACCAUCUGGUAAAUCACAAGAAUUGGCACAACAGGCACACAAGGAAGCAUCAGCUGUAGACAAACCCAAAAUCGUCGAGGAGUUGGUCCCCAACUACCUCCACGAUUUGAAGUCCGUCUUUGAAAAGAAAGCAGCUGAACGCUUUCCAGAAACCAGGCCUUGGGACCACGCCAUUGACUUGAAACCCAAUUUUAUUCCACGCGACUGUAAAGUCUAUCCAUUAUCGCUCAAAGAACAAGGAGCGAUGGAUGACUUCCUGGAAGAGACUCUGUGA